AUGAUAGAGCGGUGGCGACUGGAGACUCACACAUUUCAUCUACCUAUUGGCGAGGCUACCAUCACACUAAAGGACGUAGAGGUUCUAUUCAGGUUGCCCGUUGAUGGUAUGGCUAUCAGCUACCCGCAAGAUCUUAGGGAUUAUACGAGAGAGGACUAUCUACAUAUGUUGCAGUGGCUCACAGAGAUUACUGAUGACUCACUGGCAGAGGCUAUCGAGCAACAGACGAGGCUAUUGCUGCUGAUGAUGUUUGGUGGUAUUCUGUUCCUGAACACUCCGGGAAAACUCAUUAGCUUGCGAUUUCUAGAUCAUCUGGAGCGGCUAGAUGAAUUACCUACUUACAACCAGGGUGGAUAUGUUCUAGCCUACCUUUAUAGGCAGUUGUGCCGGUCGUCCAUGGGUACCGUGAGAGACGUCGCCAAUUUUAUACCACCGCUACAGACACCUCUCCCACCAAUAGCUCCAGAUGCACCACCUCCAGCAUUUCUACAACUUGCUAGGAGGUGGGUAGAUAGGCGGUUCAUAUGGAGUCCAUACAAUGACGAUCUCAGCGCUCGAUUGCCAGAUUAUUGCUCCCGCAGUCUAGCUAUCUGGAUGUCUUCAGUCCCACUUAUAUGUCUCCAUAUAGUCGAGCAAUAUAACACCGAGCGAGUCCUUCGAUAG